AUGUCAGACCCUUACGGAUAUCAGAACCAAGGCCAAUAUGGCUACCAACCCCCGCAGCAAGGUUAUGGAGGUUAUCAGCAGGGUCCUCCCCCACCUCAGUACGGUGACCACCAGCAACAGCAGCACCAGUAUGGCGGCAACCAGUAUGGUGACAAUCAGUAUAACCAACAAUACGGCGCUCCCGCCCACGGUGGAUUCCAACACGGCCAGUACGGUGGACCUGAGUAUGAACCCCCACCUCAAGACCCCAACAACCCUUACGCCCAUCAGCAAAACCAGUAUGGCCCCACCGAUCCUGCUGCAGGCCAAGAGGGCGAUCGUGGUCUUAUGGGAGCAGUGGCCGGCGGCCUCGGCGGCGGCAUGCUUGGACACAAGGCUGGUCAUGGCAUCAUCGGAACACUUGCCGGCGCCUUCCUAGGUUCGAAGGCAGAGGACAAGUUCAAGGAUAGCCGCCACGAGUCGCAAUACCAGCAGCAGCAGCAGUAUGGAGGUGGACAGCACCACGGCCAACACCAUGGCCAUCACAACUCGCACCACAACCAGAAGUGGUAA